AUGGAGACUAAGGAAGAUUCCAAGCAGAAGCUCGUUAUCCUCAAAGGGAUAAACUWUCUCCUAUGGACUYGUACUSUYAKAACCUAUCUACRYGRAUGUGGUUUAUGGAACCAUGUCGUCAAGCAGAAGUAUUCUACCGAAGAGAUCGAGGCUAAAGGUGAUGCAGAACUCUUGCCUGAGGAAGAAAAGUGGUACCAAGGUUAG